AUGCCCAUACCCAAACCCAUGUGUUUCACUGGUGCUGAUGCUUAUAAAAUAGUGAAUGCGGGAUUCGUCGUCGAUGAACGCGGCAAAGUUCUCACCGCUUCGAGAGACCGACUCACCACUCUAGUUGAUCCGGCUAAUAACCUUCCCUUAGAGUGUGUUGUAAGGAGAGAGUUCACGAGUUCUCAAGGAGAUGACUGUUUGUUGCUCUACCCUGUUGAUAUGCCUGUCCAAAUAGUGAAGAACACAAUUGAUGGAUGUUCAGUCCUCCACAAAUUUCAUUCACAGUUCAGUUUUGUUCACAAGCCACCAUUGCAGUUGUCCAUCAUGGGGAUACCAUGGGACGAUGGGGUUGUGAUCCAGCAAGGGAAGAACCCCACCGAACCCUGCAUAAUUACAGUUAAUUGUCCUGACAAAGCUGGUCUUGGUUGUGAUCUCUGCAGAAUUAUCCUCGAGUUCGGUCUCCGUAUUACCCGCGCCGAUAUUUCUACGGAUGGAAGGUGGUGCUACAUCGUGUAUUGGGUUCUUCCACAUCCUGCAUCUGUCAAAAUUGAUUGGGAGAGUUUGAAGACUCGCCUCCUUUCAGUUUGCCCUUCAUGUUUGUUUUCCUAUCACUUCAAUCAACUGUCCACGAGUCCUUCACCGCCUCCAAUUUAUCUGUUGAAGGUUUGGUGUGUUGAUCAGAAAGGGUUGCUACAUGAUAUUAAUGAAAUUCUGUGCAACCUUGAACUUAUUAUUCAGGGAGUCAAAGCGAUGCCAACCCCAGAUGGCAGGGUGUUGGACAUGUUCUUUAUCACGGAUGGGAUGGAAUUGCUUCACACGAAAAAGAGGCAAGAUUAUGUGUGUAAAUAUCUUAUGGACGCUUUAGGAGAGAGGUGUAUCUCCAGUGAACUUCAAUUGGCAGGGCCUGAAUAUGGACAUCUGCAGGGGUUUUCUUCUCUUCCACCAGCUUUUGCUGAAGAAUUAUUUAGUUCUGAGCUGUUAGACAAGGUGUCUUUGCAUCCUCUCAGCCAAGAUAUGAAAACACUGAAGACACCUACUGUUAUUGUGGAUAACUCACUGAGCCCAGUUCAUACCCUACUUCAGAUACAGUGUGUUGAUCAGAAGGGUCUGUGUUAUGACAUUAUGAGAAUUUCUAAGGAUUCUGAUAUGAAGGUUGCUUUUGGUCGAUUCUCUUCGAGCGUGGAGGGCUUUCGAAACAUAGACUUAUUUGUUCAGCAAAAUGAUGGGAAAAAGAUCAUAGAUCCUGAUAGUCAGAAAACCUUGUGUUCAUGCUUAAAAGAAGAGAUGCUUCAUCCUUUGAGGGUGAUUAUUGUGAACCGGGGUCCAGACACAGAACUUCUGGUUGCUAAUCCUGUGGAGCUGUCUGGAAAGGGAAGGCCCCGUGUAUUCUAUGAUGUUACAUUGGCUUUAAAAGCUUUGGGAGUAUGCAUUUUCUCAGCUGAAGUUGUAAGACAUUCAACACAAGAACGCCAAUGGGAAGUGUAUAGAUUUUUGUUGGAGGAAAACCGUAACUUCCCAUUGACCAGAAGCCAAACAAGAAGUCAGAUUGUAGACAAAGUUAGAAGGACAUUGAUGGGCUGGUAA